AUGGAUUCACUGGAAAAGACCACCCACCAAAGUGAACAGAAGUCCAGGAAGUUCCUGAAGAGCCUCAUCCAGAAACAGCCGCAGGAGCUGCUGCUGGUGAUCGGCACGGGCGUCAGCGCGGCCGCGGCGCCCGGCAUCCCCGCGCUGUGCUCCUGGCGCGGCUGCCUGGAGGCCGUCAUCGAGACGGCGGAGCAGCUGGACGUGCUGCAUCCCGGGGACGCCGCCCAGUUCCGCAGGAAAGUGAAGAAGGACCGCGACCUGCUGGUCGUCGCCCACGACCUCAUCCGCAAGAUGUCGCCGCGGACGGGCGACACCAAGCCCAACUUCUUCCAGGACUGCCUGAUGGAGAUCUUCGACAGCCUGGAGCAGCACCUCCAGCGGCCGCAGGUGCUGCAGCCCAUCCUCAGCCUCAUGGACCGCGGCACCAUGGUGCUCACCACCAACUACGACAACCUGCUGGAGCUCUUCGGGCGCCAGCAGAACCGGCCCAUGGAGUCCCUGGACCUGAAGGACAAGGCGAAGGUCCUCCAGUGGGCGCGAGGGCACAUCAAGUACGGCGUCCUCCACAUCCAUGGCCUCUACACGGACCCAUGCGGGAUGGUCCUGGACCCCUCGGGGUACAAGGACGUCACACAAGACCCGGAAGUGAUGGAGGUGUUCCAGAGCCUGUACCGCACCCGGUCCUUCCUGUUCGUGGGCUGCGGGGAGACGCUGCGCGACCAGAUCUUCCAGGCGCUCUUCCUGUACUCGGUGCCCAACAAGGUGGAGCUGGAGCACUACAUGGUGGUGCUCAAGGAGAGCGAGGACCUCUUCUUCAAGCACCAGGCCGACAUGCUGCUGCACGGCAUCAAGGUGGUGUCCUACGGCGCCUGCUUCGACCACUUCCCGGGCUACGUGCAGGACCUGGCCACGCAGAUCUGCCGGCAGCGCAGCCCAGAUGCCGACCGGGCGGACAGCACCACGCUGGGGGGCAGCUGCCAGGACUGCGCCAAGAGGAAGCUGGAGGAGAACGGCAUCGAAGCUUCCAAACAGCUCCGGCCCUCAGACGAUGCUGACACAUCUUGA